UGAGCCUUUGAUGUAGAAGAAACCCGCCGGUUAGUUUUGUUACGAUGAGUUUAAGUAAAUUAUCGCGUUGAAAACGGAUUUUAACCUUUUAACCCUCGACAUGGAUCAUUUUUGAGAGGACUCAUGGGUGACUUUGAGGACACAGAUUUCUGUGUGGCGUCUUGGAGUUUUCUUGGAAAAAAGGCUUCAGAGAAAAAGAACCAAAAGCUUAAAAACAGCAGCCCCACAAAGACCCAGCCAGGCACCCAUAAGACGAAGAAAAAGACCAAAUUCAAAGAAGCGAUGUUGGAAAAGAAGGAAAGGAAGAAAGAAACCAGGAAGGAUAAAAACAAAGAGAAGAAGAAGAAGAAGAAAAAGAAAAAGAUGGUGGAGUUAGACGACCUCGUGUUCACACAGUGCGGCGGUGCACGAGCAGAACCUUUGAAAAAGCUCACACUAAUAAACCAGAACCAACACGAGGACCUAAAUCCUGAUCGYCUCCCAGAGACCUCCGCAAAGGAAGCGAAGAGACAAAAGCACGUGGCGUUUGCUUUAUUACCCUCCUACAUACGCGUCAAAYGCCCACACUUCGCCUCCUCGUCGCCCAAAGAAGCAGAAGCUGCGAGAGAAGGCGGCAGCCGCUCACAGGUCGCAUCGACGGGACCGACCCGGAGUCAGCCACAGGAGGAUCUUCAGUGCACCGGCGACGACGUCAACAGCCAGGAUCUGUUCAUCACCCAGAAGACGUUCAGAGCGUCGCCGUCCAGCAGCGAAGUCAGCGACGGAGCUGCGUCCCCGCCGGCGUUUGAGCUGCGACACGACAGACGGCAGGAGGUGAACCGGUGUCAAACGAAAGCAGACUCACAGGACUCCCGCUGGCUCGUACAGGAACCCAAGCUAAAGAUAAAAACAGAAGGAGCUUACGAGCUGCAACAGUGGGAAGAAAUGUCCUUCCAGACGCAGAUGAAGUUUAAAGUGAAUUUGCCCAAACAGGAAAAAGAAUCGGCGCGCGCUGAACCCAAAGCGGUGAACCCGUACAUGGAUGAGCCGUUCGUUAUAAACCCAACGCCGGACGCCGCUUCGUGCCUUCAGCACGUCAGCGAGACGCCGCAGCCUCUUCCGCGUACGGCGACUGUUUCCACGCAGACGGAAAACUUCUUCAGCGCCGAGCUCUCGCUCUACCUGGGCUUCUGCCGGGAACGCGGCGCGGCCGCGCGCGGCCAGGACCUGAAGCCUUUAGACCUGAGCCUGCCGCGGAGGGCGAGGAACGACGCGUCGACGCCAGGAGACGUCAGCAGCGACGGAGGCAAAGGCGCGUCCGCUUCCACGCGAAAGACGAACCUCUGUCGUCACGUCGAGGCGACGCCGAGCCCUCCGUCUGAAAAUGAAACCAAGUCUGCCGACAUGACGGCCUCCAGCGAGGACGACCACUUCUGUCGAUCCGGCAAGAGAGACCUGCUCCAGUGUCAGGUCGGAGCGGUUCAGCUGAGACUGAACAAACCUUUCUUCUUCAAGACGAAAGGAGACGGCCCGUCCCCUCGGCCCGACUCACCGCUCAUGAAACUUUCUCAGGGCAGAGACACAAAACGCAAAAAGCGCCGCUGAGGAAUUUGACGUGAAUCAACGAGCGGCCUCUUUUUUGUUUUUGACCAGAUGCUUGAACACAUCUGGAACAUGUUCCGUGUUCUUGUGUUUUAGUUUUCUCUACAUGAGUUCAGGUUGUAAAGGCUUCAAACAAUCUGUUAUAGAGUAGUUAUUACACGCAUAAGAUCUGAAAAUUAUUUCAAGUUUUUAAGUUGUGUUCGUUUUGUGAUUUUUGCAGCAUAUACAAGUUAGAGCUGCUGUUUAUUUAACGCAACAUCAAAUUGCAGCCGAUAGCAUUGUUCUGUGUAAAAUUAAUCUUAUUAAUUAAAAGUAAUUUAUCAGAAUGAAGUGGACGUUUUAGUUUUUAUUACACAACUGAUGUUUAUUYAGCACAGAUGUAAAUUUCUACAGUUAAUAAUUUUACAGCAGUUUGUUUUGCAGGUGUUAGGACAUGUUUAUUACGACAGAUUAUUAUUAUUAAUAAGGAAAAUCGGUACCUACAGUGUUAUAAACAGCAACAUGAAAUCCUGACAGAUAAAAUAAACUCAUUAUUAAGUUUUGUAACUAUCCAAGAAUAAACACACAGUUA